AUGAGAUUCGAUCACCAGACGGGCAGUUCUCGGAUGAGUGUUCGGAGUUUGCGCGACGACACGGACUAUACACGCCGCGUUUUACGGGUGACUAAUCCUUCGCUGUCCAUUCUGCGUCCGAAACAAUAGCUGACAUUUUUUUCUAGCUCGCAAAUCCCGACGAUUCAUAGACGUAUGCUGGAAGUGGUACCUAUCGCAUGUGUCCCGACUUUCUUGUAACAAUAAUAGGGCCGAUCUUUUUUUUUCUUUCGGUUUUUUUUCUUCUCUUUUUCUCUUCUUCUUUCCAUUUCAUACGGUUUGGAGAGUGUGGGAGAGGGGGAGGAAAGGCGGGGGUUCUUUUGUUCUCUUUCCUUCACACUUUUUUUUGUCCUUUGUUGUGCACAGCGAUCAUCAAGUACAGUACAUUACCUACACUACACUACACUACGAAGGGGCUACAUGGUACAAACACACACACACACACACACACACACACACACAAAAACUGCAUCAGCAUACGCAUACACAUUACACAUACGCAUACAUAUACCCAUUACUAGGCUUUUCGGUCAUCUGGGCGGGGUUGAGGGAGGGGUGCGGGAUAGGGGGAUGGGAAAUCCGGGGAUGG